AUGGGCAGAAAUGAAGUGCAUCAGAAGACAGGACUGACAGGAUGUAACCUCGCUCCUCUAGAGGAGUUUGCAGAUGAUGUGGGUUCGAGGUCAGACUUCACCACUAUGAACCCGUCCGUGAUCCCGCGGGUGUUUGGGGGUCUGAGGGACGAACGACAGCGGGUGCAAUUCAUCCGGCGUCUACAGCAGCUAAACAACAGCGUGCUCUGGAUCCCGGCCUUCAUGGCGAAGGGUGGAGAGAGGCACGUGGAAAUCGUGAAUCAGCUCAUUCUUAAACACAGACUCAAAGUGCGCACGGCAUAUCCUUCACUCCGCCUGAUCCACGCCGUACGAGGGUACUGGCUCACAAAUAAGAUAAAUAUCAAACGACCCUCUACUGGAUUAUUGAUGUACACAAUGGCUACGCGCUUCUGUGAUGAAAUCUACCUGUAUGGAUUCUGGCCUUUCCCCAAAGAUGGCAACGGAAAUCCUGUUAAAUAUCAUUACUAUGACGGACUGAGAUAUCGCUAUUUUUCUAAUGUGGGUCCCCACCGCAUGCCGCUGGAGUUCAAAACGCUGAAGAGACUGCACAGCAAGGGGGCGCUCAAACUGACCACGUCGAAAUGCGCACACCCUUGACGUGCAGAACUCAAGUGAAGACUAAUGUGUUUCGAGCUUUGGAGAAUGAGUGUGCCUUCAACUGCAAACUGGUCAUCCUGUGACACUUCUGAUUCGUUUACUAUAGAGAAAGUGCAAUGCUUUAGACACUGAACCAACUACUGUUGUUUCCAAAUGACAAAUGAAACAGUCCUGCUUAGUGCGUUGAUAUUACAAUCUUGGUAAGUGAUCUUGUCUGAAAAUGUCUUACACAAAAGUUGCCAAAGAUACAGUAUUUUACAUAAUUAUUUUUUGAUUCACACAAUUCAGAGACUCCCAACCUGGUCACACAUGUCCAAACAGCUACUUGAGCAGGUUCUUUGCAGUUUCCUUUUAAAGGCA